AUGUCGACCGCUCAAGAGCAAUCUUCGCCAUCGCCAUUCAACUACAUCUUGUCAUUCCUCCUGGUCGGUGUAUGUUGGGGAUUCACAACACCGUUCAUCCGGCGUGCGGCCGUAAAUUACACAGCUCCGACGAAUCCAUCAAUUACCGAUCCAUCACGAUCUUGGAUAUCGCGACAGAUCGCCAAAGCGUUCUUCACUGUUGUAGGGCUUGUUAGGAAGCCUGCUUAUGCGAUACCGCUGGUCGCUAAUUUGACGGGGAGUAUCUGGUUCUUUUUGCUUGUGGGACAAGCGGAGCUUUCGUUGACGGUGCCAAUCACUAAUUCGUUGGCCUUUUUGUUUACUGUGCUUGGCGAGUAUCUUGCCGAGGGCAAGCUCAUCACUCGCGAUACGUGGAUUGGCAUGACAUGCGUGUGUGCUGGGAUCGGAUUAUGCGUAUACUCGAAGCUAUAG